UCUUAUUAUAUUCUUAUAUAUCUGAAUUCUUUAAAGUCUACCUAGUUAUCCUCCCAUUCUUAUUAAUUAUAAAUUGUUUCCAAGCAAGGCUGUGUGUACUUACUUACUUUCUUGCUUUAACUUGUACUCAAUCCGCAACCAUCGAAAAUCCCAAGUAUUAUUAUAUCAUACAUACAUCGGUGGUAGUACCCAGUUACAACCACUUCCAUUACAGCCUCCACUUCCACUUCCACUUCCACUUCCACUUCAACCACAAUUACAACCACAACUAGAUCUACCUCGCCUCCUGCUCCCACGUCCAACUUAUCUUACUUUUCCUUCUUACCUCUUCGUACCAACCGACUUCAAAAGCACCACAGCCCUUCUCUCAAAAAGGAAUCCGGAUACUUAUACGACCGGGUCCCGAUACAACAUAUACUACUAGUCUUGAUAUCUCCUAGUCUCUAGCACUAUAUCAAUCCGGGAAACUCACAUAAGCUUUUUUGGUGUGUGGCAGAGAAAUCAAAGGGAAAAGCCAAAUAAUUUCAAUUUCCAUCUCCAUCUCCAUCUCCAUCUCGUAUAAUUGGAGAUUACGACUUUACUUCAUCCCACCUCAGCAUCACUUACUUUCUUCCAACUUCAUUUGGGUAUUCGCCUUCCAAAGAGAACGUAUCAAAGCAGUUCCAAUCAUCCCUUCGAUUUCCCCCAAAGGCAACCAGCAAUCAACACAAGACAGUCCAGUUAUAUUCACUUCCAUAAUUGAUACGCUGCUUCAUUUCGAUUUAUAAUUAAAAAAAAACCGGAAUUUCCACUGUUCAAUCUUAUUCCGCAUACGUCCCACACCCACACAACCCACACGCCCACAGAAUAAAAACACAAAUUUCCAACAAAGCACGGGCAUUGCCCGCGACCUCCGCCUUUGGCGGAUAUCUUUUUACUGAUUGCAACCGAUACGAAAGCGCAUCUCAAAUUCUUCAAGAAAGCAAAGUCAUCAUGGCGUCGGUCGCAGUCCCAAGAGAUUUUGCUGAGAAGGCACAACCCUCUCCUACGCCUUCUUUACCUUCGUCCUCACAUGGAUCUCCUCAAUCUCGACCUACAACCUCCAAUGUGAGCGCCAUCACAAGCACGGAAAAUCUAAGCAUGAAUGGAACUAUGAAUGGAACUAUUACACCUCCUCCUCCUGCGGUUCUCAAGGCAGCACCUAUGCCAACGACGGCCGAGAAACCUUCCAUGACGAAACGUCUAACUCGAAUGUUUUCUACAAAGGAAUCGAUACGGUCAGAAAGCAACUUUACAUCUAGUGCCGCCUCUGGUUCCUCGACGCCAAAGGUUGUGGAUGGCACAACAUCUCCCAAAUCAUCUUCGAGACCUGGUUCUCUGUCCCGAAAGACAUCAUCACAAGAGAAGAAGAGUCCAUCCGACAAAUCGAGUGCCACACCGAGUACAAAGGAUAAAAAUGGUUCAACAAAAGACAAAAAGGCACCGGCAAACCAUCAGCGAUUUCUUACCAUACCUGAUGUGCAAGGGGGCCACGAGCAUCAUCUGAAGAGUGCCAAGAGACAAGAGAAACUUGGGGAAAUGCUGCGAGGCUUAAUUAGUGGGAAGGCGAAACAAUCCGAAACCCAUGAAGGCGAACAACAACUUUCACUCAUGUCAAACUGGGUGGAUCAACUGAAGCGUGAGAAAGAAUCACUGGCUACAGAGAAGAAGGGUGGGCCCAAUGCGACGGCAACAUUGGUAGAUAAAUACGGGAAAUGUAAUGAAGUUAUUGGUCGGGGCGCUUUCGGAAUUGUCAGGAUAUCCCACAAGAGGUCCGAACAGGGAACCGAGCAGCUUUACGCUGUGAAGGAAUUCCGAAGAAGACCCGAAGAGAACGAAAGAAAGUACAGCAAGAGACUCACUUCCGAAUUCUGUAUAUCUUCCUCAUUACGACACCCUAAUGUCAUCCAUACCCUUGACCUCCUUCAAGACUCGAAGGGGGACUAUUGUGAAGUCAUGGAAUUCUGUGCAGGUGGUGAUCUUUACACUUUGGUGCUCGCCGCCGGAAAGCUUGAAGUUGUGGAAGCGGACUGUUACUUCAAACAGAUGAUGCGUGGCGUCGAAUACAUGCACGAGAUGGGAGUUGCGCAUCGAGAUUUAAAACCAGAAAAUCUUCUUUUGACCACACACGGUUCUUUGAAGAUAACAGAUUUUGGGAACGGCGAAUGCUUUCGAAUGGCUUGGGAGAAGGACGCACACAUGGUAACUGGAUUGUGUGGUUCCGCUCCUUACAUCGCUCCAGAAGAGUACAUUGACAAAGAAUUCGACGCAAGAGCUGUUGACGUUUGGGCUACAGGUGUCAUUUACAUGGCAAUGCGCACAGGACGUCACCUUUGGCGAGUCGCGAAGAGAGAUGAAGAUGAGUUCUAUGAGAAGUAUUUAGAAGGUCGAAGGGAUGAGGAGGGAUAUGCUCCCAUCGAGUCAUUACAUCGAGCACGUUGUCGUAAUGUCAUUUACUCGAUACUGGAUCCAAAUCCUCACCGUCGUAUCACUGCUUCACAAGUUCUCAAGUCCGAAUGGGGUCGUGAGAUAAAGCUCUGUCAAGCAGGUGAGGAAGGACUCUGACAUUAUGUGCUGGAUAGUGGGAUUACAUGCAGAAAAAGCAUGUUCAAGAGCAUGAUCGAACAGGCAAAUCUUCAAGGAGACCUCAAGCCAUGUAGAAUCGAACAUAAAUUCCGCUCGACCAGCAGCUUCAAUUGUCAAGAAUGUGGUUUCAUUUGUUAUUACGACCCUACUGGUAUGGGAGCAUAUAAAGAAUUGAAAGACGACACAGGUGUCUCUUCAACAUGAGCAUUGCGCAAUGAAGGGUGGCAUAUUUCGCAUGAGCAUUACAUUACAGCAACAGUAUGGCGUUUGGGGAGAUCUUUAUAAUAAGCAGCACAGCAAAUUUCCUUCUUCUUUACGACCCUGGUUGCUUUGCUUUUUUGAAGCCUUGAUGCACACUUUUUAUUCAUUUUGAGCCAUGGGUCUUUUUUUUUUCGACUUCUUAUGAAUGGCGAAUUGGGGGAGCAAACGAUACAAAAAGGGAUCUUCCUUUUAUGAGUACCCAUGAUACAAUCAAGACUAUACAUCUUACAGUCGUUAUUUAUCUUCUCCUUCUUCUUCUUCUUUGACCCUUUUUUGGACAAUUACAACCUUUUAUUCUUAGAGAGAAAGAGAGAGCUAUGGGCUGGGAGUAUUUGCUUUGGGUUUGGCCUGGCUCUGGUUCAUGAGUAGUCUUGCUUUUGAUGGAUCGGAGAUGGAGGUAUGCACGAGUAAAAAUAGCUUGCGAUUCUUGGCUGUGGCUUUUUGAUACUUAUAUGGCUGUGCGUGGCUCCGUUUUUUUGGUAGAGGAUGGGAUGGAUGGCUGGUUGAAAAGGAAGGUGGUACUUGUGUUUUGAAGGUUCGGAACGAUGAAGGGGAUUAUGAUUUGAGGGAUACGUAGAUGGGAAAGGGAAGGUGAUGGUGGAAGAUUGUAGAUAAAUGAUGAGAAUACAGAUCUGGAGAUGGGUGAAGGAGGGAUGAAUUGAUAGGUGAAAGGGAUCUUGUUUGUGUAGGAAUCGGAUCGAAUUGAAUGAAGUGGAAAAUAGAGAAUGUGAAUAAAGAGAGAACGAAAGAAGCAAAGAAAGAUUAAAUGAGUUUAUGCGCAUUU